GGAAACGAGGCACAUGCAUAUACGCCGCCAUUGUUCCUUGGAGGGAAGUGCUCUUUGAUAAAUAAUUCUUCAGAUUUAGUGUUUACAACAAAUUAUCAGAAAUAGUGGUGUGGUUUUUAAGAAACCUUACAUUUUAAAGACAAUAUAGACUUAUUUUUAAAUUCGAACACAAACGUGGAAACUUGUUUUGUGGAAUGUCUGCGAGUCUUGAUCAGAGAGGAAAAGGACAGCCAAAUCAAGUGGCAAAUGGACAAGCUAAAGAAACUGUGAAAGACGAGGAAUUUGAACCUUAUCUUCAACAACCACCCCAACAUCAGGGAUACAGUGCAGGACCAAUGUCGAGCCCAGACCCAUUCAUGCCUAGUUACUAUAAUCCAACCAUGUCAUUUCCGUAUCUUGGACAAGGACUAGGUGAAGGUGCUUGGUCAAACGGUGGCGAUGCUACAAUGCUUUCAUUUGGUAGUUAUGACUAUAAUGGAAUGUUCAGUGGUUUCGGAUACCCUCAAUUUGGAUGGACUGAAUAUUCAGGAAGUGAUUACUGGAGCAAUGGAGGACAGGGUAGAAAAGACACUCGUUAUCCUAAUCCAGAGGACUAUUACAGACAAGAGCAAAUGAUACCCGCUGAUCCAUACGCACAAAUGAAUGGAGAAUUUGAACGUGAUCCGUCUAUGAACAGUGUGGAACAGGGACUUAAAGGAAUGACAAUUGCAGGGGAUAAAGGAAUGGACAAUGGAUAUAUGGAUGCUGGACAGUUAGGUGGGGACGCUAGUAACGUUGCACCUCCCGUGGGACCUGUCUCUACCGGGCAGCAGGCUCCUAAGAAGACUUCUUGGGCUGCAAUUGCAAGUCAGCCAGCUCGUCCCCAGCCUAAGAUUCAACCAGGUUCUAUUCCCCGAGCUCCAAUGAAUCCGAAAAAGCAAAAUAUGGACAUUGGAACUUGGGAUACAAGGAACAAUGUGGCCGGAAAGCAAGGAAAUCAACACGGAGGACGAUCUUGGAGUGCACCUCGUAGUAGGUCAAUGAAUUCUAAUUAUUCAGGAAACACUAAUCAAUCGAACAGUGCUUCUAGUAGCUCUGGACAGGCGAAUGUUUCAAGUGCAACAUCUGCACUUCCACCCAAUCCUGUUUUGGACAAGCUCAAGUCGGCUAAUCAAUAUAAUCCAAAGGAUUUCAAUUUGAAUCCAAAAGGGGCAAGAUUUUUCAUUAUCAAGAGCUACUCGGAGGACGAUAUCCACCGUUCAAUUAAGUAUAGUGUAUGGUGUAGCACUGAACAGGGAAACAAACGUUUGGACGCGGCAUACAAGGAACGUGAAGGAAAAGGACCAAUAUUUCUUUUCUAUAGUGUCAACGGAAGUGGACAUUUCUGUGGAAUGGCCCAAAUGAUGACAAAUGUGGAAUUCAAUACAGAUGUGGGUGUAUGGGCACAGGAUAAGUGGAAGGGACAGUUUGAGGUGAAAUGGAUCUAUGUGAAGGACGUUCCAAACGGUCACCUCAGACACAUAAGACUGGAGAAUAAUGAAAACAAGCCUGUUACAAACUCCAGGGAUACGCAAGAAGUGCCGCUGGAAAAGGGAAAGCAAGUACUGAAAAUACUUCACAAUUAUAGGCAUAGCACUUCGAUUUUUGAUGACUUCAGUCACUAUGAGAAACGGCAAGAGGAGGAAGGCACAGAAUUUAAAAAAAAUGGUGCUGAAUAAAGCCCAUUGUUGACACUGGGUAAUUUGAAGAUAUUUGGAUUAUCCAGCAAGCAUUUUGAUAAAACUUUUAAAUCUUCAGAAUAUAUAAUCUAUAAUGAAAUGUUAGCUUAGACAAUAAUUUCAAACUUCAUAAUUAUUUCAUUUCCGCUCAACAUGAUCUUAUCAACUAAGGAAAUAAUGCAUCGUGAUUUUAUGUUCAUUAUGAAUUUCAUUUUACAAAUUUUACUGGUCGCAGUGAACGACUGUAAACCCUUCCAGCAAAAGAAUCGACCAUUGUGCUUCUUCUUGCGUUUUGAAUGUGUUCUUGUACAAUAUUUUCAAAUCGACAAAACAAUUUCCUUCCAAUUCAAGAAAGAAGGAAAAUUCAAAAUGUGUUGUACUUUCAUUUUCUGAAAGACGGGAGUAGUAUACGAGGACAAUGAUGGCAUUUAUUGAUUCAUUGUGGAUUGUGAAACAGACAGUGCAUUACACCUCAGGGAAAAUGUAUGAAAAACUGACGUAAUGUCCCAAUAGACACACAACCUGCGUGUGAUUCAUUAUUGAAAAUGAGAUGACAUCCAACUUCAAAGAUAAAACUUCUGUGUUAUGUAUCAGUAUUUAGACAAUUCAAGAAAACUGUGUUUUGAAGAUUAUUCUCAUUUCAGAGGGGAAAAGAUAUUUUUACGUAUCCAUGGAGACACGAACAAUAUAAACAGUCUCGGGUAGACAGAUUAUAAAACAGUUUUUCCCCAAACAUCGUCAUUAGUGCAAUGGAGUUUUUAUACAAGAAAAUAAUGUGCAGCUUUAAUUAUGAAACAAUUGAAAGACAAAUCAAAGCUAGGACCAAAUUACUAACAUUUCGCUGAGUUCGGUAGUGUACUGAGAUAUAAUGAAACAAUUUUACAUGUACAUGUUUUGUGCAUGGGUUUGUGAGAAUUAGUGCAGUGGUGAGGACAUUAAAUGGGGGGUUUCACCAACAACAAAUCUGUGAUUUUUUUUAAACACAAAUUAAACAGUAGCAGUUUGUUUCUGUUAAAAGUCAAAAUAAAAUACUUACAAAACAUGAGAAA